UGACUGGUUGGUAUGGACGUCGACGAGGAGAGGACAACUGCCCUGCUUUGAAUAGUAGGUCGUGUUCUUUGAGAAGUUUGGUCGACAUUUUCGUGAGCCACCGCGAUUCAAAAACGAAAGCGAGAUGCUUUGACACUAAGGAAACUGCCUCAUCCGCUCACUUUGCUGCUUGAGCUCGCUUGCGAUUCUCUCCGGUGAUCGGUCAGUGCACCAAAUACCACUGGUGUCUGAUCUUCAUCUGUUUUCCGGCGAUAGAAUGGGACCUGGAGGACCCGGCGGGCCUGGAGGAGGGGGUUUCGGCGGGCCUGGAGGAGGACCCGGUUUCGGCGGGCCAGGAGGACCAGGGUUCGGUGGACCUGGUUUCGGAGGUCCGGGUUUCGGUGGACCCGGAUGGGGUCCUGGCCCCGGGGACCGUGGGGUCCGGGGAUGGGAUUCGGAGGUCCAUGGGGACCUGGCGGUGGCUUCUUCGGACCUGGAGGCUUCUUCGGUGGGUUCUUUAAUGGCAUAUGCAGCAUGGUAUCUUCUUGCAUGUACUGCUUGUGCUGUUGCUGGCUGCUGCAAGAUUGCUUCGGCGGGCCGCGCGGGUAUGGCCCUCCCGGUCCUGGAGGUCCUCCAGGCUACUGAUCCGGAGAUGUUUUGAUCCAACACCGUUGCAUGCGCUAAUUUACCUAUCUAUUUCUCCGCUUUUCACUUCUAUAUCAUCAAUAAUAAACUGUCUGUUUUCCAUUCUUUCUGUUUGUGCUUCACAUUAGCGCACUAAAUGUUUUUGGAAUGUCUAUGAACCAUUUCCAAUUUCCCAAGGUACUGAUGAUUAUGACUCACCAUUCCCCUUCUAUG